ACAGUGCUUACACCAUACAGAUGUGUCCUCUUGAAUUAUUUUAAAGGUGUGGAAAAAGCCAAUGCGAUGCCUGCUCCACGGAUACUAAGGACUCACCUUCCUACUCAGUUAUUGCCACCAUCUUUCUGGGAAAACAACUGCAAGUUCCUUUAUGUAGCUCGAAAUGCCAAAGACUGUAUGGUUUCCUACUACCAUUUCCAAAGGAUGAAUCAAGUGCUACCUGACCCUGGAACCUGGGAAGAAUAUUUUGAAACCUUCAUUGAUGGAAAAGUGGGUUGGGGCUCCUGGUUUGACCAUGUGAAAGGAUGGUGGCAGAAGAAAGACAGAUAUCAGGUUCUCUUCCUCUUCUAUGAGGACAUAAAGAAGGACCCAAAACAUGAAAUUCAGAAAGUGGCACAGUUCAUGGGAAAGAACUUGGAUGAAACCGUGCUAGAUAAAAUUGUCCAAGAGACAUCAUUUGAGAAAAUGAAGGAAAAUCCCAUGACAAAUCGUUCUACAGUUCCCAAAACUAUCCUGGACCAGUCCAUUUCCCCCUUCAUGAGAAAAGGAACUGUGGGGGAUUGGAAAAACCAUUUCACCGUGGCCCAGAAUGAAAAGUUUGAUGAAAUAUAUAGGGAGAAGAUGAAAGGAAUCACUAUAAACUUCUGCAUGGAACUCUGAGGAGGUAGUAAAUAAAAAGUUGGAAGACAAGAACACAAACGCUGUCUUCAAUCCUCAGCCACAGCCAGAUGAAUCUCUGAAAGCACAUUGGAAAUGUUUAUGAUUGUGGUGCAAACCAUCUCUGUAAUUAUGAACAAUAUGUCACAGCUUUGCAAAAAGGAUCAUGCCUAAUGCCUACUUUCUCCUCUAUUUUUUCCAAACUAAGAAUAAGACAUCUUAAUAAACUAGGUAAAA